AUCAUUUUCCUCCCUUUUCCAAAUCUAUUAUAACACAACUGUGCAAGACUACCUUCCAUAACGUCAAUUUAGAGCGAAAAUGGCGAAGUCAUCGGCGACUAAGGAUGCUCAAGCACUUUUCCGUUCUCUCCGUUCUUCCUAUGCCGCCACUCCCACUAACCUCAAGAUCAUCGAUCUCUAUGUUAUGUUUUCUAUUUCAACAGCUUUGAUUCAGGUGGUUUACAUGGCUAUCGUCGGUUCGUUUCCUUUCAAUUCGUUUCUCUCUGGAGUGCUCUCAUGUGUUGGAACAGCAGUUCUUGCUGUUUGUCUUCGUAUUCAAGUAAACAAAGAAAACAAGGAAUUUAAGGAUUUGCCACCAGAACGUGCAUUCGCAGAUUUCGUGCUUUGCAAUUUGGUGCUCCAUUUGGUGAUUAUGAACUUCCUUGGCUGAUAGUUGGAGCCCAAAACAGUUUGAAUUGCUUUAUAUUAUUCUGGAUCUUCAUAGUUGGAGUUUUGUAGUACUUUUAGGGUUUUUCCUUUAGUCUACAUAACUAUAUUGCAUCUUUCACUAUUUCAAAUGGUAUUCUGAGUUACUUAAUGAAUUGAUAGGUCACUUGACUGCAAUUUAAUUUCAGAUUAUGAUUUUGA